GUAAAUGCAGUUCGAACACACUGAAUUCGAGGUCUUUUGUGAGAUGCCCGGAAUCAAUGAAAUGUUCAAAGCCUUUAGUGAAGAAUACAGGAAAAGAAAUGAAGAAAGUUCAAAGAUGCAACAUCUACUCAAAAAAUAUGAGGGAUUUUGUAAGGAGCCCAAAAUUAUUGACGAGCUCAAAGCUUGUUGUGAAAAGUACAGGAAAAGAAUUGAAGAAAGUACAAACAAAUGGCAAGAACUGUUCAAGAAAUUUUCUGAGGAGGGAGUUACUGAGAAGUUCAAGGCUGUUUGUUUAAAGGUUGAGGAAGAGGAAGAAAGAAAAUUCAAUGAAGAAUUCAAGAAGCUUUGUGAAGUAUGGGAGGAGAAGCUUCAAAUUGAAAUGAUUCAAACGGAGGGACUAGAAGGUGUCACUGGCAUGAAUUCAAGUAGCCUGCAGAACCUUGCAAUGGGAAUUCCAUUUGAGCCAGAAGGGAAGUUAAAGAGAAAAAGAGAGGAAGAACUAGAUGGAACCCAUAGGGACAAAAGGCCUGCAACUGCUUACCCUACUCCAAGUCAUCCCUCAAUUAGUGGGUUUAUGGCUGAGGCUCAUGAGUCAGCUGCUGCACUGACUGCUCAACGAUCUCUGUUCUCAAGUGACGAAGGUACACAAAUAAAAAUGACAGAGGCUGCUCAUGACAGGGAGGCCUUGAGCUCAUCAUGGGCACCUCCGCAGGUGGAGCCGAAGACGUUCACUUUUGAUGAGCUUGGACAAGUGAGCAUUGAAGGACCUAGUUUGUAUUCUGUUCUGCAGGAUGCAGUCGCUGACAUGGACAUUUGGAAUAUUUUACUUGACCUUCCGGCGGACCUUGAAACAUGCACAGGAAAUUUGGCGGGAUAUUGUGAGGGAGAAUUGCAGUCCAGCACUAUGCCAUUGAUGGCGGGUGCCGUGAAUUCUACUGGUACUGGAGAGUCUCAUCAUGACCCUCUUGGCAUGCAAGGAGAAACUACUGCUGCUGCUGGAUCCUCCGGUGGUCCCAGCACCCAGUCCUCACAGCACAAUGAAAAGUUUUAACUCUACCUUUGUCCCACUUUUAUGUCAUUUCCUACGGGACUUGUCAAAUGGAUGAUACAGGUUUUUAUGUUUAUGUUGGCUUAUCUAAGCUACGGGUUAUGUUGGUGCAGCUGUUACCUAGAAUGAUAUGAACUUAAUUGCAUGAACACUAAUUAGCUGGUUGUCUUGAAUGGGAUAUUUGCGCUGGAUGUUAAUUAUAUAAACUACAUUUUAUUUC